UGCUCCCCCUGUUCCCCCUGAACACGCCAUGGUGCCUUUAAGUUCCCUUUCAUGGCUAAUAGUACAUCAAACCUGCAAGUUGAGUCAGAAAACCAGGCAUGGCUUCAUCGAUUUUAAAGAACUGCCUCUAAUGAGAAGGAUUUUAUGACAUGAGGAUAUCAACUAGAUUGUGUCAGGUAGACACACAGCUGGAGCCCUUCUCUCACUCUCCUCGCUCCAACCUGCGGGACUGGGAGACAUCAACACUGCCUGGCUGCUCCGACUUCCACUGUUCACCUGAAUGGACCUGACCUGGGAUGCCUGAGUCUCCCCUCGGUCCCACGGCAGCCCGUCAAACCCCGGCCAGCAGCCUGCUCAGUCGCGCAGGCAACGGCGCAGCGGAGAGAGUUGCUAAUGGGGAGUCCUGCAGUGGAGUGAGGGGUGAAAACUGGCAGAGUCUCCACCAUAAACAGGUGUUUCUGGCUAUGAUGGCUCCACAGCAGAUACAGCAGCUUCUGUCCCCCAACCAGCUGCAGGCUCUGAUCCACCAGAAGCAACAAGCCCUUCUGAUCCAGCAGCAACGUCUGAAAGAGUUUUACAAGACGCAACAGCAACAGAUUCACCUGCAGCUGCUUCAGCAGCAACCCAGCAAGAAAGUCAAAGAGCUCCCCGCACAGCAGCUCGUGCUCCAGCAGCUCCUCCAGCUCCAGCAGCAGCAGCAGCAGCAGCAGCAGCAGCUCCUCCCGGUGCAGAGACCAGCCCUGUCCUCUCCUGCCCAAGGUCACUCGUCUUUACACCCAUCGCUAGGGUUGCACAUUGUUUCUUCCUCUUUGGAGCCACAUCUGUUGACAAGAGUGGUGAUUUCAGCCGUUAAAGAGAUGGCCCGUCACCUCACAACGUUCCCUUCGUUUCUUCACGUCUUAGGCGGUUUGAGCCCCGCGGAGUUGCAGCAGCUAUGGAAGGAGCUCACGAAAGGAAUAAGGGAAGAUAAAACCACUUCUAAAGGAAACCACGACUCCUCUGCUAGGUCAACACAAGUCACAGGGGGACGGAGCGGUGACCGGCAGUCGCCCCCUCCCGGCGGGGCAGAGUGUGCCGACCGCGCUGCCUCCUAUGUUCUCUACAGCCACGGUGUGUGUAACUGGCCCGGAUGCGAGUCAGUCUGUGAGAACUGGGACCAGUUCAUCAAGCACAUGGGCAGUGAACACACUCUGGAUGACAGGAGCACGGCCCAGUGCAGAGUCCAGAUGCAGGUGGUUCAGCAGCUCGAGCUUCAGCUCUGCAAAGAGCGGCAGCGUCUGCGAGCGAUGAUGGCUCACCUGCACCUGCCGUCUCCUCCUCCUCCUCCUCCUCCUCCUCCGGAGGCUCGGUCGCUCCCUGCGCCCGCUCUCUGCCAACAGUCGCCACAGUCUGAUACGGCUGCUGACCCACGCGGCCCUCAGCAUUGUUCCGUGUCCGACCCCAGCCACCUGCCCUCGCUGAACCCGUCGGACGGGGCACAAGCGGCCCCCCUCCAACCCCGGGGGUGUGAAGAGGAGUCGCCCGAUCACACAGUGUGUGCUGGGGCCGUAAGACGUCGUCCUCACCCCUUGGUCUACUCGCUGUCUUCAGAAAAUGAGUACGAGCUCUACAAGAAAACCGACAUCAGACCUCCGUUCACCUACGCAACACUGAUAAGACAGGCUAUUAUGGAAGCAUCAGACAUGCAACUGACGCUCAACGAGAUAUACAACUGGUUCACACGGACGUUCGCUUACUUCAGACGCAAUGCUGCCACUUGGAAGAAUGCGGUGCGCCACAACCUGAGCCUGCACAAGUGUUUUGUGCGAGUGGAGGACGUGAAAGGUGCCGUGUGGACGGUGGACGAGGUGGAAUACCAGAGGAGGAGAUCCCAGAAGAUCACGGGGAGUCCAUCACUAAUGAAGAACGUGUCCUCCAGCGUCGCUUUCGGAACCGUCCUGAAUGCCAGUUUCCAGACGGCACUGGCUGACGCGUCGCUGCCAGGAUUCAAGAAGGAGAGUGUGAGCAGGAACUCCAGGGGCCAAAUGCAGGAGGGCAAGAGCCACAGUCACCAACACAUCGCUGUUCAAGUUCAGAGGUCUCUGUUCCUUAAAGACGAAGCGAUGGAUCCGAAGGGCCGAGAACCUCAGACAGCGACAGUAAAACCAGCCGCGCCGCAGCGUGACGUGACGGGAAAUGACGAAGAGCACUUGUUCGACCUCGAAUGACCCUCGACAGUGGAAACGUCUCGGACUUAAAGUAAUAGUGAAGCGGCAAAGCGAGAUUUCAUUUAGCUUUCAGGGACGUAGUCCGCACAGUUUACAGAACAUACAGAACUGUAUUGUCUUCGUUUAAGGAAUGUCUUCAUGUGGUGCCGGGUGGCCUGGAAUUCGCACCAAAACUCGUAUUUACUACUUCAUCAAAUACACACAAACGUUGUGCUUUUUAGAGUUUUGAUCAUUUAUCACAUGGUUCAUAUAUUCAUACACAUUAAAAAUGUGUCUGUCAGCUGUCAAAUGUCUGCAGCAGGUUCUCGAAUAUAAUAACGCCCGUGGUCUCUGCGUUCACCUUCAACUUUUUCAGAUCAGAGGCCUUUUUUAUUUAAAUAUUCAAAUUUAUAAGUCAAAGAGGAAACAUUUCUGACUGUAAAAUAUGAUCGUUAAAUGUAUUUAAGAUUUAGUGAUAUUAACACCGCUACGUUUCAGCAUUUUUUGCUCUCAUCUCUUUUGCAAGACACACACACAAACACACACACACACAAAUGCACACACACAUGAAUAAGAAAUAAUCGAGUAAAGCCGGCAGCAGAAACCAACAUUACAACAUGAUGGAGAUGUCGUGGUUCUCAUGGAUAUAGUUUAAACAUGUACAGUUUGUGCUGUUCCUCUUGCCUGUUUUAUAGAAAUGUAUUGUUAUGUACAGUAUUUAAGUUAAGAUUUUUUUUAAUGCUGGUUUUAUAUGCUUGUGUUUAUGUAGAACUUAUUUAUUAGUCCCGUUUUUCCACUGAAAUAAAGAUUGUUCCAAACAUUCCUCUUUUAUAAACGUUUGAUGGUUUAAAAUAUCCAGACUAAAGGCUGAGUAGAUACAACAAUCUGUAUUAAUAAAUAUGCAUUUGUCUGUGGUUGUGUGUCCAAUGUAUCUCAUUAAAAAGGAAUGAGUAUAUCCAAA